CUCUAGAGCCCGCCGCUCCCCCUCCUAUCGCAGCUCCUUGCCCUUUAUCGCAUCUCUCUGUCCCUGCAUCUGUCACCCCGACUCAAUCGCAUCCCGCAUCUUCUGUCCUUUCCCCUCCGCAAACAAUGAAGGUCAGCGAUGCCUCCCAUGGUCACGUGCUCAUGCUGUCGACGUGGCCCCUGUGUGUUAUUUGCUUCAGAUCUUGUGCGUCUUGGCCGUUUUGGCAGUGGUUGCGUCUGCGGAGGAGCCGCCUCACCUGCGGAAGCUUCAGGAGGUGAUUACUGCAGAUGCAUGACGACGAGGGCCAAGGGGAGAUGCGAUACGUUUGCAUUGUGCUGGAUAUGUGCGUUUGAUUCGCCAGAACGAGACGUCGGUCUUCCAGGACAUCCAGGGCCGUGUGGACCAGCUCUUCUGCCAAUCGGUGGGCGCACACAUAGAGCGGGGGUGUGCACACAUGCUCACUCACCGGUGUGUGGUCCAAUGCAGAAGGAGGACUGUGAGGAGAACCAGCACUGCGUGAAGGUCCUGGGCGAGGUGGGGUUGGAUGACACAGUCAACCGAGGCAUAUGCCGCACCGAGAGCGAGGCCUGCGUCUGCACGGGCAACUACACAUGCGUCGAAUGGUGCGCAUAGCAUGCAUUGGCGGCACAAGCACUCACAUAUUUCUAGAUUGACUGGUCACAUCGGUCGGUGCCCAUCUGCGUGUCUGCCUGUCUCUUUCUUGUGUGUCUGUCUACGUGUGCAGGUUUGCGUUGGGCACCAUCCGUUCGAAUGUGUGCCGCAAACUCUGCCCAGAGGAGGACCAGGACGUCUGUGACUGUGCUGAGGGUAUGUUUGUACCUCACGUGGGGAUGGGCAUGUUGAUGGGUCGCGGCUGAGGCGUUUGUGUCCGGUACGUGUGCAGGAGAGGAUUGCGUGGAGCGUGCCGCCGGCAUCAGUUUGCUCGGCGAUAUCUUCGACAAGUGCACCUGCCACAAGCGGAAGGGCGCUGACGACUGCGACGCAGAAGAGGGUAGGGCCCACACUAGAUCCAGAUGGGAUACGCCCACACCCACGUGGACGUCCACCCACCUCUGUGUGUGUGUGUGUGUGUGUGUAGGCUGUGCUGACGGCGAGGCGUGUGUGGGCUCUGGCAGUUGCGUGGGGCUUUUUGUGCCUGACGAGGAAUAGACACGCACUCAGACGUCCUCGCACCACAUAGUAUGUCAGCUAUCCUAUCCACCUUGUGUUGUGUUAUCUAUUAUACACGUUCGUUGAGUGGGGGUAAAGGGGGACAGUUUGUCUGUCGCUGUCUGUCUGACUGCAUGUGACGCUUUUUCUUGUCGGAAGAUGCACAAACACACACGCAGAGAGAGAGAGAGCGACUGCUGCAGUAGUAGGGAGCGUCAUGGCGUGCAUGUAUCAUCGGAUACACGCGCAUCCACCCAUCAACCCCAUCCAUCCAUCCAUUCUAGUAGUGAAGUUACCCUCAGUCACAUGCACACACACACCUUCAUACGAUACGCCCAAUCUGCCUGCGCUUUAGUGG